GAAGAAGAAGGCCCGGACGUAGCUUCCACCCUGAGUGGUUUGCUAGCCGGACUUCCGACCCUUGCGGGUCCCCAACGACUUGCCAAUUCCCUCAGGCAAAAAUUCGUCACCAAUUCCGUCUGUUGUAGGUUACCCCCGGCCCGGCCUGAUGCGCGCCGUUCCAACCGCGACAACCUCUCCACCAUCGCCUCCAAGAUUGCUCCAGGAGCACGAGGUGAUUUUUAGCUCCUACUAAUCCAGAAACUCUCGAUUUCCCCAAAAACAAGAUAAAUCACCAACAUGGACACCAAUAUCCCUCUCAUCAACAUCAGCUUCAGAGAGCUAAAGGAGAUCUUCUUCGAGAAGGUCGCGGAGCCGAAAGCACAGCGGAAGCUGAUCCUUGUCAUUGUCUGCAUAGCGCUGCUUCUGGACAACAUGCUCUACAUGGUGAUUGUGCCUAUAAUCCCGGAUUACCUGAAGUAUAUCGGUGCCUUCGCAGAGGAUAACGAUGACAUGAAUUCCACUGAAAAAAAAACUAGCCACCAUGGUCAGGACACAGCAACAGGUUAUCUCUUCGCUUCCAAGGCGAUAGUUCAGCUGAUGGUGAACCCCUUCUCUGGAGCUUUGAUCGACAGGAUCGGUUACGACCUUCCGAUGAUGAUUGGACUAACUAUCAUGUUUCUCUCAACAGCUCUUUUCGCUUGUGGUCGGAGCUACGGAGUCCUGUUUUUCGCCAGAAGUCUUCAAGGAGUAGGGUCUGCCUUUGCGGAUACUGCAGGUCUUGCAAUGAUCGCCGAUCGAUUUACAGAAGAGGCAGAGAGAACGAAAGCUUUGGGUAUAGCCUUAGCUUUCAUCAGUUUUGGAUGUCUUGUGGCACCACCUUUCGGAGGAUCGCUCUACCAGUUUGCUGGAAAGGAAGUGCCAUUUCUGAUCCUUGCGUUUGUGAGUCUCGCUGAUGGGAUAAUGCUUCUCUUGGUUAUGAAGCCCAUCAAGGAGCAGAUCAAAGAUAGUCAUCGGGAUAAGCCUCCGAGCAUCCCCAUCUGGAGACUUCUACUCGAUCCUUACAUCGCGGUUUGUGCCGGUGCAUUGAUGAUGUCAAACGUUGCUUUGGCUUUUCUUGAACCGACGAUCUCACUCUGGAUGGAGGACCACAUCACUAAAGACAACUGGAAAAUGGGGAUGAUCUGGCUCCCUGCGUUCAUCCCCCACGUAAUUGGAGUGAUGAUUACUGUAAAGAUGGCUAGACAGUAUCCUCAACAUCAGUGGUUGAUGGCCGCAGGUGGACUUGCUUUAGAAGGUCUCUGCUGCUUCAUCAUCCCAUUUUCAACAUCUUACGUAAUGCUGAUGAUUCCAAUUUGUGGUAUCUGUUUUGGUAUUGCUCUGAUCGACACUGCAUUGUUGCCAACCCUUGGUUACCUAGUUGACGUGAGAUACGUCUCGGUUUAUGGAAGCAUCUAUGCAAUAGCCGAUAUUUCCUACAGUAUCGCCUACGCUGUGGGUCCUAUUAUAGCUGGAGGGGUUGUUGAGGCGAUUGGGUUUACAGCUCUGAAUUUUCUGAUAGCUUUCAGCAACUUGCUGUACGCUCCAGUUCUCUACAACUUGAAGCAUAUCUAUGACUUCAAACCCUUCCAGGACGAGGCAAAUGUUCUGAUGCAAGAUCCUCCAGAUAAAGAGUACCAGACCUAUGUUCUCCAAGAGCAGAGGCCGAUCUCUGGAGAGGUUGGAAACCAUUUAACGCAAGGUCGAAUGGAGACAAACAUGGACCAGGAUCAGAGCUAUCAGAGUAGUCAGUUAUACAACCAGAGUGGGUACAGUCAAGGGCAGGAGUACCACCAAUCUCAACAACCUGCUGGUUAUAUCCAGGGUGGAUACAGUCAGCCUAGUCAAGCUCAGGGUGGAUACGAACAGCCAUCGGGGCACGAAGAGCCAUCGGGAUAUGGAGGACAAAGACCUGGUUAUGGACAGGAGCCACAGAAUAGAGGACCUCCGGGUGAGGUCAAUCCGUUUAGAAGAGGACAGGAGCCUGAUUCGAGGCCAACUGGUGACAGUAAUCCUUUCAGAGCAGGGGCGUUUCACUAAGCAAUAGUGAGCUGACUACAUAGGAAACUAACUGAUGAGUCUUCUCGUCCAUUGUCGACUGUUGAAAGUGAUUCACUAAAGGACCAGCCGAGGUCCUAGACUAGUCUUCAAGGCAGGCUUCCAAUCUCCAUAAAACUGCUCGCGGAUUCGAAGGACGUCUUCGUUUAUAAGUGCGCGACAACGUUUUGGAUUUCCACUACGCUGGCAGCCCUACGUAUAGAUGUUGAUUGUGCUGCAAGAGUGGUUAUUCUUUUAUUUGCCUAGAGUGUUGUGAAUGAAAGGGAUGUUCGUGUCGUGAAUGAAAGGGAUAAGAAGAGAGAUUCUGACGAUUAAGACAUCGUGAAUUAUUGUGAUUUAUAACUAGUUAUGAAGAUGAUAGUGUUUACGGUUUUUGGAGUGGGGGAGGGCAGGUACGAAUUAGAUGAUAAGAAUUGAUAAAGAGGAGGAAAUUAUAAAAAGUGGUAGAAGUACAUGUGAUCAAGAAAGAAUUGAAGAAGAAAAGAGUUAUGAAAAGAAAUCAUUCAGAAAUAAAGAAAGGCCUGGUAAAAAUUAAUCCGUCAGUGAAUCAUCAAGAAUUAGAAAAAUGAUCAAGCAUAAGAAAAACAAGCACAAAAUUAUUAAAGCAAUAUAAUUGAGAAAAUUGAUCAGAAUAGCAAGACAAAGAAAAGAAAGAACGAGAAUUAAAGAAAAUGAUAAUCAGAAUAAGAGAUCUACAACUACAGGCAAGGGCGAUAAUAAGUAAAUUUUCAAGAAAGGAAUGCUCGGAGAAAAGAAAAUUAAGAAGUAGAAGAUAAUCAAUGAAAAGGCCAGAAUAUGAAUAAAGAUCAGGAAUGAGUCGAGAAACUGAUCUUUGAAGAAUUACAUAUCAAGAAAAGAAUAGUGGGAUAAAAAAUAAUUGAAAAUAUAAGAAAGAAAAGGAUCAUCAAGAAAAAGUUGAAUAGAAUUGGAGAUAAUAAAAGUCUGAUCCUUAGUAACCAAGAAAUUCACAAUAAAAAAUAAAUAAAAAAUGUUGAAGAAAGUGAUGGCGAUGAAGAAAGUGAGUCAGAAUUGGAAGACGGUACUGCCUGAAAAACUAUGCCUUGGUUGAAAAAAAUCGGUUGCAAUCCGUUUCCAGAGACUCUAAGGAUUGUGGCAUUACUUCAAAUUCGAGGCAAAUAAUUUCAUAGGAUAAAUAUUAUAUAUAAAUAUAGAUAUAUAUUAUAUAUAAAAUACUAGGAAAAUCGUGAAACGAAGGCUCCCAAUCAGCAAGGGACCCUCGUGCGUACUAGUGAAUUUUGUUUCUGUUAUGAAUUUUAAUUUUAAUCGAUUCAUUGCUGAACCAAGAUAACAUAUCAUCAGGAUUCCUAUCAAGGAACCCAAAAAUUAGGAUCUAAGUCGUUAAGUUUAAGGAAAAAGCGAGGCGGUUGCGACAUUGAUAGUCACUGUCAUGUGCGAACUGAUAGCAAAAAUUAAUACAUUCUGAAAAAUAGUUCCUUGAUUCUAAAAAACUUUUCUUUUUAUUAUUGUUAGUUGAAUCUAAUUUGAUUUAAAUCAAUAUUUUAAUUAUAUUUUAAAUAACUUCUUAUAGUUAGAGUUAAUAUAUUUUUAAUUUAUAUAAUAAAAUAAUAAUAUAGUUAAAACAAUGUAAUAUAUUAAAGGAAUAUUUUGAAUCCAGAAAAUAUUUUUCAGAGUGUGAAACUUAGGAAAGUAGUUUAGUCGGGUAUUUUGCAAGUAGGAUCGCGAUUGAUGUAACUAAUAUAAUUGCGAUAACUAAGCAUAUCUAGAGGGAAAAAUUGCCGAAAGAAACAUAUCUGUAUUUUUGCGACCAUCCUUUUCUAACUAAAGUCUAGGAUUUUGAAUUUUGUUUCUCAUCUCUAAGUCCAAAACGUGCGCGCAAUAUUUUUAGAAUUAUUCAGGCAUUUAUAUCAAUUUUGACUAUGAGCUGUAUACCGACGACUUGCAUAUAAAAUCUCUCUCUUUUGAAUAUUAAUUGUUGAUAUGUUCUUAACUUAAAUUUUUUUCAAAGUUUUGAAUAAAAUCAGAAUAAUUUAACUUCGAAUUUCGCAAUGGCCUAUAGAAAAAAUUAAUAAUAAAAGAUUCUUUUGCAUAUUUAUUAGUGAAACAAUUCUUCAAAAAAUACAUUUUAUGAGCGAGUCGACGAUGUUGCAAUAUUAUUAUUCACUAGUCAAUAAACUAAGGCAUUGAAGGAGAAGCUCUUCGCACGAAAAUAAUCAGGCCGGAUUCGAGUAUCCAUGAAUAUAGGAGAUUUCAAUAGUUUUUAACUGCAAGAGAAAAUUUUAAAUUAAAAAAAUGGUGAGAUAUGCCUUUAACUGGGGAGCUUUACUCAAUAUCAUUAAUACCAAUUAAUAAAUUUAUUAAUAUUACUUAAUAAAUGUCAAUUAGUAAUCAUGGCACAUUCAGAAAGUUUCACAAAAAACUCAUUCAAUUUUACUGAUAAAAGAGUUACUCACCUGAGGUUUUACAAAAGGUGGCUGAAGAAUAUUCAUAUCGGAUGCAUUCGUUUUACAGUGCCUGAAUUCAAGAGUCUUUAUCUGCUAUUGAAUAAUUUGCUAAAUCGUUUUAGAAAUCUCUCCUUCUCAAUACAGUUUACAUAUGAAUAGCUAUGCGCAUAACAAGCCUUGUUUUUGCACAUGUAGAUCGAUUUUUACGUAGGGGAAAUGUAAAGGGAGUUGUAAUUGCGGUUUCGUGAGGUUCACGAUUCCAAUGAGUUGGCCUCCAUAUUAAGCUUUAAUAAAAAAUAAAAAAUCUUCGACUCCGCGUAGCAGUCAGUAGAUAUUUCUAUCUCCUGUAAUAUCAGUGUAUUCUAAACGUAUUCACCACAGACGUAAAGAUAAAAUCGAAGGAAAAGGCAUUACAAAAUUAUAUCAUGAAAAAUGCUAAACAGUUAUGGAAAUAAUUAUACAUAUGUGUAUACAUAAUACGAAUGUUAUCAACCGCAGAUACAACUACAUAUGUACAUGUCAAUAUAUUGCAUAUAUAGACGUAGGUUAUCCUUGCUUCUUUUAUCUCUUGUAAAUAUUAUCAUAAAAAAUUAUCAUUACGAAUAAGGGAUUGAAUAAGUCUCUAUUCUAUUAUACAAGUAUGAUGCGCAUUUGCACUUUGCCUAUCUUGUAACAUACACGCAAAAGUGUCAAUUCAAUUUUUUGUUCUGAAAAUUGCUGCGCACUUGAAAAAUUUUACUCAUUUGAAAGAAAGGAAUAAUUUUUAAUUGAAACUGAUUUUUAAGAGGGCAAAACAAUGUUUAAAAUAGUAUAUUUUAUGUGAUGAAUGAAACAGUAUUAGUUAAAAUAAUUCAGUAGAGCUGGAGGAAAGCACUAUUUUUGAAUGAGUAGAAUUUUUUAAGAUUGAAAGUGUCAGUUAGCGUGAAGUUUUUAUUAAAAAAAUAUAUUCUAUAGGUUCCUCUGGAGGUUCCAUUUAUUGUUUCGAAAGGUUAUCCUUACCAAUGAAAGUCAACGAUGAAAGUAUCACUCAUAGAAGACGCGACGCGCGGAAAUCAAAAUAACCGGGCUGAUGAAAAAUGUCACCCUCUUGUCGCACAGAGAAAGUAUACAUAGCAUUGAAAGUAUUUAGAUCUAGGUUACCGACUCUAGAUAGCCGUAAUGAUUUUUUCACAAUUAUACUUCCAGCUAGGCGAAAAAGUAACCCACUAACUCACAAUUACCAGAAAUACGAAUAAUGUAUCGCCCCUUCAUUUGGAUUUUCUUUUAAUCAAAAAUGAUUUAUAUUCUGAAGAUAAAUGUAUAGUUAUUACAAUAAUAAUUUACAAAUAUAUUAUGAAAAUAUAAAUAGAACUAUAUAAUAAACAUUUGAUAUAAAAGUAUUGCAAAAAUAAAAAAUAAAAUAAAGUGUAAGAUAGAGGUAGGUUUUCUUUUGGAGAAUGAUUUUUUAGAAUAAAAAGUAAUCAUAAUUUGUGAGCUAGUGGGUUAAAUAUCAGCCCUUGCAGUGAUUGUUUUUCCGCACACGUGUCACAUAUCUUAUCCCCGUAAUAUAAUAACCGUUAGUAUCUAACCUAUGUCAUAAUAUCCUAAGCAAUAAAAAACGAGUAUUGGUUAAAGAAUUUAAAAACCUUCGCAAAUCCAUAGAGAAAACAUUUUUAUUCGCGCAUGCACGAAAAUAAACUCAAACACAUUGAUCACACACAUAUACAUACACUUACACUUGCACUUACACUUACACUUACACUUACACUUACACUUACACUUACACUUACACUUACACUUACACUUACACUUACACUUGCACUCACAUUUACACUUACAAAUUCACAAACAAUUUAACAGGGGACACUUGAGCACGCAGAAGGACACUCAUGUACGUAUGUAUAUUCAAUGAAACCAUGUACCGAAAUUGCGCAUGUAAUUAAAACCUAUGACACUGUAACAUUGUUGAGCCGGUUAUUAAAUAUGUCAUUGUUACUGAA